AUGUAUACCAUAAGUUGUCAUUCAAUCUUUGUUUUCAUUCUUAUCUUGACCCUAGUCACUACUGGUUACUCCACAUCAGGCACAGCCACUUUCUACAGACAAUAUACUCCAUCUGCUUGCUAUAAAAACCAACAACAAGGGGUGAUGAUAGCCGCGGCUAGUGAUCCGUUAUGGAAUAAUGGUGCAAUAUGCGGGAAGAUGUUUAGAGUUAAUUGCACAGGACCGACAAAUCCUGUGCCUCACCCAUGCACAGGUGAAAGUGUGACGGUUAAGAUCGUCGAUCACUGCCCAGGUUGUGGUGGAACCCUAGACCUUUCGCAAGAGGCUUUUGCCAAAAUUGCGAAUCCUGUUGCUGGCAUUAUCAAGAUAGAUUAUGAAGAGUGA